AUGCCUCAAAGUAAACCGCUAUCACCAGGAGAGAUUCUGGGAUGCACUGCUCCAAAGAUAAAGGACAAAGAUGCAUUUGUGUAAGAUAUGAUGUUAAUACCUGCUGUGUUGAACUAUGUAGUGAAAGUAGUCAAAGUAUGAUGACAUUUUCGUUUUGGUUUGCUAGUAGUUUAGCAAUGAAUUGUUUUUAUCGAUAGUUAUUGUACAUGUCCAGUUAGUGAAAUAUCAGAUUCAAGAAGGUCUCUUUUAAAAGUACAUUCCAUUUGACCGUGUGCCGUGUCAGUUAAAGAUCUGGUUGGUAACCUUUAAAACAGGGGUUAGUUUAAUAAAGCUUUUACAAAUGUAAUUUACAAGUGCAGCUAUUGUUUUCAGACUCUAAAAAAAUAGCUACACUUGUAAAUUACACUUGUAUAAAAUUGACCCCUGCAGGCAAAUGACCCCUGAAAGUGAAUGCACUUGUAUGCAGAUUGCAGACAUCGAUAAGAUAUCUAUAAAGAAUUUUACUUCAAAUGUUAAUUUUUACAUUUAAUUCCUGUAGUUAUCUUGGAGACGGGAGGUUUCAUUUAGAAGCUGUGAUGAUUGCUAACCCAUCCGUGCCAGCCUACAGGUUGGUAGUGGCAGUAUACAUAUCUUUACAGUGUAAGAUAAUACACAGUGGACACAAAUAGAGACAAAGUCCCACCAUGCAUCAGAUCCUUUACAGUAGCAAAUGUAACGUAGCCCAUCGGAUUAGUUGGCUAAAAUGACAAAAGUUUUCUCCUGGCUAGUUUUAGAACGAUUUUGGUAUGACCUUGAAAAAUGGUGUUCGUUAUUUGCUUUACCAGCCAAUUGAUGAUAAGAUCAAAACACGGACUCUUCAUUUUCCCGCCAAAAAACCCUAAUAUGGAGAUUGUCCAAUCGUGUUGCGGUAUGAAGUCAACGAGAAGUAUCCAUUGAUAUCUAGAAAAUUCUCGGGCAUUCAUUCUAGGGUCAUACGAAAAUCGCUCUAUCGCUCGCUGGCAGUUGAAAAUGAGGAUCCCCAGUGGGUUUUUCAGGAUACUGGAUUUGCCUUAUUUGAAGUCUGUUAUCCGGGAUUUUAAAGCAAAAUAGGGCGAGAUUCUGGAAUGAAAGUAUGCACGGGAUGUGGGAUGCGGAGAAUAACCAUCAGGAUUACGGGAUUGAGCAGAAAUUUGGGUUGGGAUGACGGGAUUAAGCGGAAAUUUGGCCGGUCGAGAUUACAGGAUUGAGCGGAAAUUUGGGUGAAGAUGACGGGACUGGAUAAGCCUAUUAGAGACCUUUGAUAAUGUGGGUGGAGACAUUUUGGUCAACAGACCUUUCGGGCAUUGCGUUGAAGGGGUGUAUGGACAAUGUUACACAAUAUACAAGGCGAAGCCCCGUUUCGACUUACUGCUUUUUUCCGGUUCACCUGCGUGAAAGGUCUAUUACACAACAUACAAAUUCCAAACAGCAAUCACUCUGUCAUGAAAGAUAUUGUUCAUCAUAGUAUGUGAAUGAAGGGUUUUCUUUAUCGUUGGUCUCACGAUAGUCGGAUCAAAACCCGCCAACCAUGAGUGAGGUUCGUGAUACACCAAUCACUAGCAACCGUGGUGGUACUAAUAGUCCCACUCACUAUUCGCCUGAUGAAGACCUGCAGUACGCGGUCGAAACGUCUUGAUCAAUACCUAAGUGACUAUCGUGCUUCAAAAGAUAAGCAAAGCGUGCUAAACAAUUGUUCUGUGAGAACAUUAUUUAAUUUUUUGGAUUGGAGGAGGCGUACUGAUUAGUGGGGGUGCUAAUUUAAAGGGGCUUUAAUUCGGGCAUUUAAGGUAUUAAAUGAGCUAAAUUAAACCGAUAACAAAUUUAAACUACAAUCCCUUUCAUUUAUUUUUCGUUGAAUUAUUUACUUAUUUAUCCACUUAUUCAUAUUUCCCUCUAUUUCAGAUACGAUCCCUACAGUAAAAUAUUUUCCCGUGAAUAUUAUGACAUCGAUGCCAUGUUCAAUGCAAGGAGAGACGCGAUAAAUGCUGCGUCCAAAGCCAGGAAAUUUGGCCUCAUUCUCAGCACCUUAGGAAGGCAAGGGAGUCCUAAGGUCUUGGAGGUAACUAGAGAAAUUGUAAAAGUUUAGUACAAUCUCUGAAGAACAAGUCAAAUACCGUAAAGUCCUUUUUUCGAUCACCACGUCUCAGAAUGAAAUGAUAGUAGCGUUUACUACGAUCAUUUUUCUGUUACGAUCCCCGGGGUACUCCUCUAUAAUUUUUUUUUUAUAUGUAGGUAUGUGCCACUGUCGACCAGGGUGUUUAUUAAACAUCGGGGAUCGGAGAAUUCUCCGUUUACUAGGCUUAAUUCUUCGGCUAACGUUUGGUAUAGUAUAUGACUUAUUUUUAUUCAGAUGUCGAGCCUUUUUCAAAAUAUUCUACUGUAAUGUUACACCUUUCUCCUGCUACUAGAAUUCUUAACAAAACCCCUGCUCGAAGGUAUGGGUUUUGAAGUCGUUUUUUUAGUCGUUUUGGUCCAAAAAUGAUGGGUAUAUGUUUUGCCCAUUAUGGUCUGAAAUCAUGAAUCGUUUUCAAGGAAACCACGAGAGCCUUUAAACGUGUUUGUCUUUUAAGCUCCAAAAGAAUAAGAGAGAUCAGUGUCAAAUACUUUUAAGUGACAAAAAUAUUUCAUUUGAAUAAGAGAAACCAGUUGUUAAACGGUAGUAACUUUAACCUCCGUACUAAUCGUCCUCGGCUAGUUCGAAUGUGUCGUCGCCUUGUCGUUGCCCGUCAAGCAUGGCGGGAGUAUCGCCCUAAGUUCCAAGCCUCCUGUGCUCACUCGGACAGCGCGAAUUGGCCUUCUGAAUUUUUGUCGUGGUUAAUAACUAAAGAAGAUAAAUGUUAUUUGCUUUUACUUACUUAAAUUUACAGAAUUUGGAGCAAAUGUUUAAGAAGGCUGGACUUGAAUAUGUGGUGGUUUUGAUGUCUGAAAUUUUCCCAGACAAACUGCGAUUGUUUGAAGAUGUUGAUGCGUAAGUUGAAAUCCUUGUUCUUUUGGCCUCUAACUGAACAUCUUCUUGAAGAUUACAAGAAAAAUGGUCUAAUUUAUGUGAUUCUUGCCGUUAUAUUUUUAGAUUCCGUUUACAUGGAAGGGUAACUGUCAUGUAAGGACGUGUGAAAAGUUAGCUCUCCUUUUCGUAAAGAGGGUUAGCCAGAGGGCCAUCUUGCCCCUAAAAUAUUUUAAGACGGAAUCCACCAGGAAAUUAAGUAAUGUUAAUUUUCAGUGGACAAAGACCUUGUACCAGAAUAAUUUAAACAAUAUUGCAUAAUUUUUUACAUUUUUCAACGGCUAUAACACCAAAGAAAAUUUCUUAUGAGAACUCGAGAAAAUAAAUGUCAAAUUUCACAAAAUGACAUCUUACACAUGAAAUCUUCAGAAUUUUACCUGUGUUUUCACAAUUCUUGUGAAAUUUGGCCUUCAAUUUCCUGGUGGAUCCCGUCUUAAUUUAAAUUUGACCAAUCCGUGAUCAAUCUACACAAGCCUGCAAGCUAAGCUUCCAAUCCUACCUCACCACUUAGUAGCCUUCUAAAAGGGAGAACACCCUAGCAAACAGAUAAGAUAACCCCUUCCCCUCCAGGGUAGCUUACCUUCCAUGUAAGCUAGACUUUGAAACAGUAGGAGAGGGUCACAGCCUUCAACAUCAACGGGGUCUUGAAAUUAAAAUUGGCUUCUUUACCAGUGAUUUGUUUUAUUUAUUCACUUUCAUUUAUUCUCAGCCCUCCGUUUGCUGGAAUGUUUAUUGAAUGGAAGCACUAAAUAUGUAUGUGUCAGAGCAGAGGGCGAGGGGAUGGGGCAAGAGCUCGCCCAUACUCUUCCCCUCUCCCGUAGCGCUUGUUUUGCUCUACUUUUCUCAAGUUUCCACAGAGGAAAUAGAGAGCCUAUGGACAGUCUAGAAACGGAAUAAGCGUUAAAAUCUUUCAGGAGACGUGACAUGUAAUAAAAUGUACUAAAUAAUAGCACACGAAGGAUACGCUUUAUUGCAUGCAAGUUCGGUGGUUGUGUUUUAUUCUCACAAACAUGUGUCAUUUUUCAGGUGGGUCCAAGUUGCCUGUCCAAGAUUAUCGAUUGAUUGGGGAUAUGCGUUUCCUAAACCUCUUCUUUCUCCUUACGAGGUACGUAUCCUGCUCUUUUAUCCCCCCAAAAAUUAAGUUAUGAAGGACUUCCUGCUGUCAAAUACUUGCCAUAUAUGGUAUUGUUAAGGGAGAUCACCCGCCCCGUUCCUGUUCCCUCGCUCUUACUCCUACUUGUCUACUUGUCCCUUCUCGGCAGGGAUGAACAGGAGAGACCCUAGGAACGAGGAUGGAUGGUCACGUGGUAAUUAUGAUUUCAACGUAUGUUCGAGUUAGCUUGCGUAGCAAGCAAUUCCGUUUGGUUUCGGAGCAAAGAAAGAGCGAGGAACGGGAUUUUCGGUUUUGGUCGAGCGAGAAAUGAAACGAGAGCCAAAAAAUGAAAGAGGGGGGAGGUUUCCUUCCUCUCCUCCCCACCCUCUCCCCGCUUACUCGCGCCGCAUUAAAGCACACAACCCAGCAGCAACCCAGCAGCCAGCCUGUAAUAAAGCCACCUCUCAGUGCUGCCUUUCGCUGAAACGUUUCGUGGUCGUAUCAGCGGGUUUUGCCACAUUUUUCACUUCAAAUUACGUAUCAAAAUGUUUCAACGGUUUCGAUCGCCGCCGAAAAAUUCGUUUGUAUGUAGACAAAAGGAAAACUGGACAAGAACACUGAGAAGAUUCGCUCUGACGAAGAGCCAACGCCCGAAACGUGAGCUUUUCAAUCUGUUUAUGGUGGUAAAUUGUAUGAAUCAGUCCAUGGAGUUGAUAAAACUUCUUAGUUGCCACUUUACAAACGAGAAGAGGACUGGAGCCGAAAUGUAUCCCGCAAUUGUUUCUGGCAUCGUUACCGGUGAGGCACCGGUCAGUUUUCCCUAUUAACAGUCCCAAAAGUCUUUGCGCAAGUUAACUCGGCCCAGUCUCCUUCUAAAGUGGCGAAUUUUCACUUUGAUUUCACAGGCGUCAGUUGUAUUGCAACAGAUUGAAUGGCAAAAUGAUUACCCAAUGGACUUUUACGCGAAUGCAAGUCUUGGAUCGUGGACUGUGAAUAACGAAGUCAACAGACAAGCUACUGUUAGUAGGAGAAGGAAACAUUUACAAACUGAAAAACUGACUUCUGAAGAAAAAGGAGCAAACGUUGAGAGCAAGGACGACUGCGGUGGAGAACACGGCGAUUGUUGUGGUAAAUGUCAUCAAGAAAAUUCACAGAAGUUAAACAAAACGGAGAAAAUACAUCAGUAG